AGGUGGAGGCCUCCGAGAAUCGGAGAGCUCCGCCCCUCCGCCAUAGCGGCCUCCGGCGCCGCCUCUUCCUUUACAGCCUCCCGCCCUCGCCUGCUUCCGGCCCUGUGGCCUGGCUGUGCUCCGCCGCCUCCCUCGGGAGUAGCCCCUGGGUCGUGCACUCUGUGGGGUGAGGGUAGAUACACGGUCCCCGGUAGGGACUGUGUCCGAAAGGAGGACGCUAGUACGGGCUUCGGAGCCGGCCAGGCUGGCAGAGAGCAGCCCAUGGGUCGGGACGGCCUACAAGGUCUUUGGCCCCGAGGACCCUGGGUCAGAGCGGCUUCUCCACCCCACAGAGGGUGUUAGUCUUACCCAGCGUCGAGGGCUUCAGUUCAGCAGGAUGUCCCAAGUUCUCAGGGCCCACCUACCCUAAGCAUACCCAGCAAAAGCCUGCUGUACCACUGGAGGAAAUAUUAGUGUGGGCUUCAAAUCUCCUGUGGUCGCUGGGGCUAAGCUUGACUCUGGAGAGAGGAAAGGAAGAAUGCAACCUGGUCAAGAAGCAGAGAAGACUGAGGGAACUUGGUCCUGGUAGCAACACCCCUGAAUUUCUGGUGGUGAGAGAAUGUGGCCCCUGGACCCAUCCCGGAAAGAGGUGCUGAGGUUUGCGAUCAGCUGCCGUGUCCUGACUCUGAUGCUGCAGGCCCUCUUCAAUGCUGUCAUCCCAGAUCACCAUGCCGAAGCCUUCUCUCCUCCUCGCCUGGCUCCCUCGGGCUCUAUGGACCAGUUUGUGGAAUGUCUUCUGGGUGGCUUGUCUCGUUGGGAUGCUGAACACUUCCUGUUCAUUGCCGAGCAUGGCUACCUGUAUGAGCAUAACUUUGCCUUCUUCCCUGGUUUCCCCUUGGCCCUGCUGGUGGGGACUGAACUGUUGAGACCCUUGCGGGGGUUACUAAGCCUACGGAGUUGCCUGCUAAUUUCAGUAGCAUCACUCAAUUCCUUGUUCUUCGUACUGGCUGCAGUCGCACUUCAUGACCUGGGCUGUAUGGUUUUGCACUGUCCCCGCCAAGCCUUUUAUGCAGCACUGCUCUUCUGCCUCAGCCCCGCCAAUGUCUUCCUGGCAGCUGGUUACUCAGAAGCUUUGUUUGCCCUUCUGACAUUCAGCGCCAUGGGGCAGCUGGAGAGGGGCCGAGGCUGGACUAGUGGACUCCUCUUUGCCCUUGCCACAGGUGUACGCUCUAAUGGGCUGGUCAACAUUGGCUUCCUCAUGCAUUCUCAGUGCCGAGGCUUUUUCUCUUCUCUUAUGGUGAUGAAUCCCCUGAGACAGAUCUUUAAGCUGAUGGCCUCUCUGUUCUUGUCAGUGCUCACACUUGGCCUUCCCUUUGCCCUCUUUCAGUAUUAUGCCUAUAGCCAAUUCUGUCUUCCAGGCUCAGCCCACCCCAUUCCUGAGCCCUUGGUGCAGUUAGCUGUGGACAAGGGCUACCGAAUCACAGAGGGGAAUGAGCCAUCUUGGUGCUCCUGGGACCUUCCCCUAAUAUACAACUAUAUCCAGGAUGUCUACUGGAAUGUUGGCUUUUUGAGAUACUAUGAGUUCAGACAGGUGCCCAAUUUUCUGCUGGCUGCACCAGUGGCUAUAUUGGUUGCCUGGGCAACUUGGACAUAUGUGACCGCCCACCCUUGGCUCUGCCUUACACUUGGGCUGCGAAGGAGCAAGGACAAUAAGACUCUAGAGAAGCCCAAUACUGGAUUCCUCAGUCCUCAGGUAUUUGUGUACCUGGUCCAUGCUGCAGUGCUUCUGCUGUUUGGAGGUCUGUGCAUGCAUGUUCAGGUCCUCACCAGGUUUUUGGGCUCCUCCACUCCUAUUGUGUACUGGUUUCCAGCUCACUUGCUUCAAGAUCAAGAGCCGCUGUUGAGAUCCCUAGAGACUGUGCCUUGGAAGCCUCUUGCAGGGGACUCCCCAGCAGGACAAAAGGUCCCCAGAAAUUCUAUCGUGGGACUUCUGUACAACUGGAAAACCUGUUCUACAAUCACACGAUACAUUUUAGGCUACUUCUUGGCUUACUGGCUCUUGGGACUAAUCCUACAUUGCAACUUCCUGCCUUGGACAUGACCUGGAAUCUCAAGGGACAGGCUGGAAGCCAACUUAAUCCAGGAGAUUGAAAGCAAAAAUACACACUGGGACUGCCUGCACUGCCCUGAGAUCAUUACGCUGUCUCUUUGAAGGCUGGUGGAAUGGGUGAAGUGUGAGCCACUAGAGCCUCUUCUGAUCCUACCUAGGCCAUAUUUUAGAGUAGUGAAGAUUAUCUUGUUCCAAGUCUAAGUACACCUGGAUCUGUCGAGUCAACCAACAUAGCAGAGACAGUCUUAAACCUACCACUGACCCACACGUAAAAUGUAAAUUAUUUAAAUGUAAAUUUCAUCAAAGGCUCUAGCACAGGAUGGUGCAGGCCUGAACAGCGUAGUGGCAGUAGUAAAGUGGGGACCAUCUUUUCUAAAUAGGACAUUGUUUCCAAUGAUUUUUUUCAUGAUACGUACAUUUAUUUAUAUGAGAAUACAAAGAUAUGCAAAUUAAACAA